GUCAAACGGUUCGGAUGUAGUUUUCGGUUGAGUUCAGUUCGCGGUGUGGAGCUUCUCGCGCAAAGUUGUUCCAUUACUUGAUUGUACACUGUCUGUGUGAGAGGGUGGUUUCGGGGGAGACGAGAAGUGUUUUUUUUUUGUUCAACUGCUGGCUGUUGCUGUUAUUCACUGAGCGCACACGUAUUUUAUAGCCAGCAAUCGGCACGGUACGACGGAACGAGAGAGCGAAGGAGCUUUUCAGUGUGAAAUUCUUCGGAUGCGGUUAGAUUCGAGAAUGUAAUUUGCGAUUUUUAGCCAUUUUUGUUACUAAUCCAGUAGUGGUACAGUGUUGAGGUGUUAUUUCCGGUACGUGCUAUGAAUUAGCGAAGAAGCUGCUCUCACAGGAGCUACUUUUUUCUGCGAAAAGGGAGUUAAACAAUUUGGAUAGCAGUAGUAACGGUUCGAAAGCAAAGUUAGUGUCUGCGUCGCUACAAAACAACUAUCGAGUGCUAGUGUGUUCCGUGCAGCAUCGGGAAUCUUCUGCAGUCGGGACGGGAGCAGACUGAAGGUGAACGAGGUCAGGAUCAUUCGAUCGUGCAGUUUCUGCAACAACGGCAACGGCUGCUAUUUCAUUGCAAUGGAAGUUAUGAAGCCCUGCUGACCUAACCAUUCAACUUGAAGAUAUGGGUCAAUGAAGUUGAUUUAAGUUAAGAACUAGAUCAUCUUUCAAGUGUCUACUGCAUGUGAUUUUAAAGUGUACGAAAUAUUUGUGAUGUAGGUUUAGAUUUUUCGUGUUUCUGUUGUCCGUAUGUGUGUACGUACCGUGUUGGAAUCAGCAACAGUUGCACGGCCAAAAUGGUAGACAGUUCGAUGGGAUCGGUCAGCUUCCUCCAUUUGGGGGACAUCGUGUCCCUGUACUCGGAGGGAAAUGUGUGCGGUUUUCUCAGUACCUUGGGGUUGGUAGACGACCGUACCGUCGUAUGCCCGGCUGCGGGAGAUUUGAACGAUCCACCGGAGAAAUUUCGGGAUUGCCUGAUUAAGAUAUGUCCAAUGAACCGGUACUCAGCCCAGAAGCAGUUCUGGAAGGCAGCUAAGCAAAGCACAUCGGCCAACACGGAUACCAGUUUGCUCAAACGACUGCAUCACGCAGCCGAAAUCGAGAAAAAGCAGAAUGAUUCCGAAAACAAAAAACUACUAGGAACGGUAGUUCAAUAUGGCAGUGUAGUUCAGCUACUGCAUCUCAAAUCGAACAAAUAUGUUACGGUCAAUAUCAGAUUGCCGGCACUGCUGGAGAAGAACGCUAUGCGGGUGUAUCUGGAUGCGAACGGAAACGAAGGAUCCUGGUUCUACAUUAUGCCGUUUUACAAGUUGCGUUCCGCCGGUGAUAAUGUCGUUGUUAACGAUAAGGUAAUACUAAAACCGGUUAACGCGAAUCGACAGAAUCUUCAUGUAGCCGCCAAUUAUGAACUGUUGGAUAAUCCUGGCAGCAAAGAGGUGAAUGUGUUGAAUUCGUCCACCUCAUGGAAAAUAACACUAUUCAUGGAACAUCGGGAGAACCAAGAAGAUGUUUUGAAAGGUGGCGAUGUGGUAAGAUUGUUCCAUGCCGAGCAGGAGAAAUUCUUGACGAUGGACGAGUACAAAAAGCAACAGCAUGUUUUUCUACGGACUACGGGUAGAACAAGUGCUACGGCUGCCACCAGUAGUAAAGCACUAUGGGAAAUCGAAGUAGUUCAGCACGACUCAUGCCGUGGUGGUGCUGGUCAUUGGAACUCGCUGUUCCGUUUCAAACAUUUAGCAACUGGAUAUUAUUUGGCAGCGGAAAUCGAUGAUGAUAUUUCUCGUACAGAAAAAUCCAGUAACUCUAGUCAUCCUCAAGGAGACUCUUUCCGGUUGGUUUCUGUACCACAUUCCACGGAUAUUGCAUCUGUGUUUGAGCUAGACUCCACGACAAUCACACGUCCGGAAGGGCUGGUACCUCAGAACAGUUACGUGCGGAUGCGGCAUCUAUGCUCGAACACGUGGGUGCAUGCCACAUCUUCCCCCAUCGAUAUUGAUGAAGAUAAACCUGUAAUGUCCAAAGUGGGUUGUUCAGCGAUCAAAGAAGAUAAGGAAGCUUUCCAGUUAAUUCCAGUUUCUCCAGUAGAGGUGCGUGAUUUAGAUUUUGCAAAUGAUGCUUGCAAGUUGCUGUCAGCCAUGAGUACGAAGUUGGAAAAUGGAACAAUCUCUCCAAACGAACGACGUUCGCUAAUCGCACUUCUACAAGAUAUUGUAUUUUUCAUAGCUGGUCAAGAGAACGAACAGAAUAAAAGUGACGCUUUGGAUUUGACAAUCAACAACCCGAAUCGUGAUCGACAAAAGUUACUCCGUGAGCAAUACAUUCUGAAACAGUUGUUCAAAAUUUUGCAAGGUCCGUUCCAAGAAACUAAAAAUAGUGAUGGACCGUUUCUGAAGAUCGAUGAAUUGAGUGAUCCAAAGAAUACCCCUUUCAAGAACAUCUUCAGGCUUUGCUAUCGAAUUUUAAAACUCAGUCAGUCGGAUUAUCGAAAAAAUCAAGAAUAUAUUGCCAAACACUUCGGCUUGAUGCAGAAGCAAAUUGGCUAUGACAUUCUUGCGGAGGACACCAUCACUGCGUUGUUGCACAACAAUCGCAAACUGUUGGAAAAACACAUAACAGCUGCCGAAAUUGAAACCUUUGUUGGGUUGGUUCGCAAAAAUAUGAACAACUGGCAAUCGCGUUUCUUAGACUACCUUUCUGAUUUGUGUGUUUCCAACAAGAAAGCCAUCGCGGUGACACAAGAACUCAUUUGCAAAAGUGUUCUAAGUGCCAAAAACGCUGAUAUAUUGAUCGAAACAUUCAUACGAGAAGUUGACGACGAACGACUGGGUUAUCUAAAUGAUUUGGAAAGAGGAAACCACCAGUUCACGGAGAUACGAGAAGUUGAUGAAUCCCCCGAGGCGGAAGUAGAACGAGAGAGGGGAACUGCUGGGUUGACAAACGGGAGUCCCGCAAAAAAAUUGGAUGAGAAAAAACGCUACGAAGUCGUAUUGAUGUGGCAGAAUCGAACGCAAUCAAAAUCUAUGAGCCGCCUUGCCCAGGGGCUGAAGAUUGGUCGCGCCAACGAUAUUGCCAUCCUGGACUACUAUCGCCAUCAACUGAAUCUUUUCUCCAACAUGUGUCUCAACCGGCAGUAUCUGGCGUUGAAUAAUCUGUCCCCCCACCUGGACAUCGAUCUGAUACUUCGGUGCAUGUCUGAUAAAACAGUUCCGUACGAUUUGCGAGCGUCAUUCUGUCGGCUUAUGUUGCAUCUUCACGUGGACCGUGACCCACAGGAACCGGUAACGCCGGUCAAGUAUGCCCGACUGUGGUCGGAAAUUCCAUCCGUUAUGUCAAUCAACGACUACGACGUAGAGAAGCAACCGGACAGCAAUAAGGAAGCUGUUAGGGCCCGGUUUAAUAGAACCAUUGCCUUCGUCGAGGACUACCUGUGCAACAAUGUGGUUUCGAAAAUGUGGUUCGCUGACCAGGACCAGAAUAAAUUGACGUUCGAGGUGGUUAAACUUGCACGUGAUUUGAUUUACUUUGGAUUCUACAGCUUUAGUGAUUUACUUCGGCUGACGAAAACACUGUUAAACAUAUUGGAUUGUGUGUCCAACAGCGAAACAGACCGACGCGGUUUACCGACAGGACACAUUGACUCAGCUAACGAGGAGGGAGCGCAACCAGGAAAGGAAAGUACUACUAGCACUAAUGAAUUAAUGCCGAAAAAAUUGAAUCGCUCCGCUUCAACUGUGGCAGUGUUAGCCGCGGUGGAAGCUAGUAAAGUAAAGGACCGCUCCGAUAGCCUCGCGGAAGCGACCAGCGAAACCCGCCGUUUGAUACUACGUACUCUGCUGGGAAAACUGAGUACUCCGCCAUCUGAAGCGGAAGGCGGUGUGCUGCGACGCAUCGGUGACAUGGGAGCAGUCAUGACAUCCUUGACACUCGGUCCAAUAUCAACUGCUAUCGUAUCACCCAACAUCCAGCAACGGAAGUCUGUGUCACAUUACAUGAGAGAAUACCCGUUGGUAAUGGACACCAAGCUCAAAAUUAUCGAAAUUCUCCAGUUCAUAUUGGACGUCCGUUUGGAUUAUCGAAUCAGUUGUUUACUGUCUAUUUUCAAAAGGGAAUUCGAUGAAAAUGAGCAAAUAGCUAAUUCCCAAGUACAUCAGCAGCAGCAACAAACACCUGCUAGCGUUCCUGUCCGCCCGGUCGUUCCUCCGGUUCCAUCUGUCAUCACACCCACCGAUGUGACUAGUACUGAUUCCAACCCAGAAACAGUUUCAAUUACGUCCGUUUCAACUGCGGAAACUACACUGGAAUCGAUUUCCGAUGAAUCUCAGCUAACUUCGAACAAUACAGUGAAUGCAGAAAAUAAAUCGGAACAUAAACCAGAACAAAAACCCGAGCCCAGUUUAGGUCCAUCCACGCCGGAGAACAUCAAUCUGAAACAAAAAAAUAUAGACCUAGAAUCAAUCGGUACCCAAGCAGAAGGAAUUUUCGGAUGCAAUGAGGACACCUACAAUCCACUGGAUUUAGACGGUCAAGGGGGACGUACAUUUCUACGUGUUUUACUACACCUGAUCAUGCAUGAAUAUCCUUCGCUAGUGUCCGGCGCGUUGCAUCUUCUGUUUCGGCACUUCAGUCAACGGCACGAAGUGUUGCAUGCAUUUCGACAAGUUCAACUGUUGGUGUCUGAUAGUGAUGUCGAAUCGUACAAACAAAUCAAAUCUGAUUUGGACGUAUUGAGACAAAGUGUAGAAAAGUCAGAGCUGUGGGUCUACAAAUCAAAGCAAUCAGACGAACUGCAGCAAACGGGUGGUGAAUCCAGUGGUGAUCCUGGUGAGGGAUCUAAACAGGACAAGGGAGAUGGAGCUUCGGUGGGUGCGAAGGCGAAACCAUUGCUUGUCAAAAAUGAAUCUCAGCUUAACUUUGAUCAAGGACCAGAGCUGAAUGCUGAGCAAUCGAUGGAAUACAAAAAGAUUCAGCAGAUUUUGAUUCGGAUGAACAAGUUGUGUAUCACCUCAGGUCCCGGUGAUGUGGUAAAACCCAGGAAACACGAACAGCGGUUGCUGCGCAAUGUCGGAGUGCACACGGUUGUGUUAGACCUGUUACAGAUUCCUUACGACGAAAAGGAUGAUUAUCGCAUGAAUGAGCUGAUGCGACUAGCGCAUGAGUUUCUUCAAAAUUUCUGUCUUGGAAACCAACAGAAUCAAAUUUUACUUCAUAAACAGCUUGAUUUGUUCCUCAAUCCUGGGAUACUGGAAGCCGAAACAGUUUGUGCCAUCUUCAAAGACAAUCUGAAUCUGUGCAACGAAGUGAGCGAUAAAGUUGUUCAACAUUUUGUCCACUGCAUCGAAAUCCAUGGACGUCACGUGGAGUAUCUAAAAUUCCUGCAGACAAUCAUCAAAGCGGAAAACCAAUUCAUUCGCAAGUGCCAAGACAUGGUGAUGCAGGAGCUUGUUAACGCGGGAGAAGAUGUUUUAAUAUUUUACAACGAUAAAUCUUCGUUCAACUAUUUUGUGGAGCUAAUGAGAACGCACAGUAAUGGUGAACUGAGUGAUUCGAGUCCUCUGAUGUAUCACAUCGAGUUAGUGAAACUUCUGGCAUGCUGUACCAUGGGAAAGAAUGUUUAUACUGAGAUUAAAUGCAACAGCUUACUUGCAUUGGAUGACAUCGUGGCUAUGAUAUCGCACCCGAAUUGUAUUCCGGAGGUUAAGGUAGCAUACGUAGAUUUCCUAUGUCAUUGCUACAUUGACACGGAGGUGGAAGUGAAGGAAAUUUAUUCUUCCAACCAUAUGUGGUGUUUGUUUGAGAAGUCAUUCCUAAUCGAUAUAAACAACGUAGUGAAAGGUGGCAACUUCACAAACCGACAGCUGGAGAAUUAUGUUUGCAACGAGAUUAUGAAUAUUUUAACAACAUUCUUCAACAGCCAGUUCUCGGAUCAAAGUACGGCUUUGCAGAAACGGCAACUGAUCUUCGUCAAAAUCUUGCAAUCAUCCUUCAAACUAACCCAGUGCAAAUGGCUUACGCCAUCGCAGCGUUUCAACGUGGAAAACUGCAUCCGUACGCUGUCGGAGAAAGCAAAGCCACGCGGAAUCGCCAUACCGAUCGAUCUGGAGAAUCAGGUCGUCAAAAUGUUCAACAAAACGGCUCUGCUCUCACGGCAAACCAGCAAAUGGCUACUGGCCACAAAGCAGACGAAAAUCGAACGAUCUCAGUCGCAAAUUAUGCGCAUGGAUCGCAGUAUUAUCGAGGGGCUGCAGGAUAUUGUAUCUCUACUGGAGGAUAAGCUUAAACCGCUGGUCGAAGCGGAGCAGUCACUACUGGUAGACAUUUUAUAUCGGUCGGAAUUGCUGUUUCCACCAAACACAGAAUCCAGAAAAAAAUGUGAAACCGGAGAGUUUAUCCAGCACCUAAUAAAACAUACAGAGAAAUUACUAGAAGAAAAGGAGGAAAAACUGUGCGUAAAGAUCCUUAAAACAUUAAAAGAGAUGAUGACCAUUGACUGUGAUUAUGGUGAUAAAGGUGAUCACUUACGUAAUAUACUUUUGAAGCGCUAUUUUGGGCAUGAUUUCACGCAGCCGGCUCUACCAGGAGCUGCGGGUGGUGAUCUUCAAAAAACAGGCUCUCAACACAUGCCGCAUCAAACAGCACCUCCGGGGCUGCCAGUAGCUACAGUGUCGCAUGGUCCAGGAGCAAAAUACCUCAUUCGAGCAGGUCGAACGUUACAUGAAGUCCAAAAUGACCUGGACAAGGAGGGAGCAAGUGAUCUGGUGAUCGAAUUAGUAAUCAAGUCCAUUACCUCUUCUUCAAUUUUUGUUGAGGCAAUCGAGUUGGGUAUAGCAUUGCUGGAAGGUGGUAAUCCUAUCAUUCAAAAGGGAAUGUACAACAAAUUUCUCAGUAAUGAUUUGAGUCAGUCAUUUUUCAAAGUGUUUUUCGAUAAAAUGAAGGAUUCCCAGCAAGAGAUUAAAUCCACUGUGUCAGUUAAUACAUCCGAUAUGGCGGCCAGUAAGGCCAACGAGAGCAAAUCAGAUGGCAAGGAUUAUGAUAAAAUUCAGCGCAAAAACGUCAACAAAGUUAACGGGAUAGUUAUAACAGAUGAAUUCAAAGAGGAACUACAAAAUGCGGCACUAAUGACUCAGCAAUCAUUCAUAAAUGCAAGAAAUCUAGCUGCUGCAUCCGAUGGAACCAGCUCAGAGAAUGGAGACGAUAGCGCUCUGAUGAGCAUAGGGUCUUCCGCGCUUGAAGAUAUAUUGGCAGAAAAACUGGAAAAGCACAAAGACAAAGAUGAGAAUAAUAAGCUGUCGAAUAAAGUACUAGUAAUGCAACCAAUCCUUCGGUUCCUGCAACUACUAUGCGAGAAUCAUAAUCCUGAAUUGCAAAAUCUAUUACGAAACCAAAACAAUAAAACAAACUAUAAUCUCGUCUCAGAGACCUUAAUGUUCCUUGACUGUAUAUGCGGAUCUACUACCGGCGGUCUCGGAUUGCUGGGCCUAUACAUAAACGAAAAUAACGUUUCUCUAAUCAACCAGACCCUGGAAACACUAACAGAGUACUGCCAGGGUCCCUGCCAUGACAAUCAAAAUUGUAUUGCAACGCACGAAUCCAAUGGAUUGGAUAUCAUCACCGCAUUAAUAUUAAAUGACAUUAACCCACUAGGUAAGAAUAGAAUGGAUCUCGUAUUGGAGUUGAAAAAUAACGCCUCCAAGCUACUACUGGCUAUCAUGGAGUCCCGAGGGGAUACCGAAAAUGCUGAACGCAUUCUGGCUAAUAUGAAUCCUAAGCAGUUAAUAGAUGUGGCUUGUCGUGCUUACCAUCAGGACGAAAAUAUUCUACUUUUGUUGAAUCAAGGCGACGGGAGCAGCGAGGAUACCUACAACGCCAAGCAUGAGCUUGGGGAAGAUCAAAAUGAUGAUGAUGACGUUGGAGUUUCACCGAAGGAAGUUGGCCAUAACAUUUACAUUCUGUGUCAUCAAUUAGCUCAGCACAAUAAAGAAUUGGCUAAUCUUCUUAAAAUCGAUACGUAUAACAACGCUUCAAACAAUAACAAUAGUAGUAACAGUAGUAGUGGCAGUGUCGCCCCUCCAUUCACAACAAGCCCAUCAAAAUCCAGCACCAAAACGAAUCAGGCCUUGCUUUACUAUCAAACGCAUACGGCGCAAAUUGAAAUUGUCCGGCACGAUCGCACGCUAGAGCAAAUAGUUUUUCCAAUUCCGGAAAUCUGUGAGUACCUGACCAAAGACACGAAGGUGCGAGUACUAAAUACGGCGGAACGCGAUGAUCAGGGCAGUAAGGUGGCCGACUUCUUUGACCGGCACGAAGCAAUGUUCAAUGAAAUGAAAUGGCAGAAGAAACUUCGCGGACAGCCAGCCCUUUUCUGGGUCAGUAGUUAUAUGUCCUUGUGGAGUAAUAUUCUGUUCAACAUGGCUGUACUUAUGAAUCUGAUAGUAGCGUUUUUCUAUCCGUUUGAGAAUGGUGUACCUGAACUCAGCUUCCAUCUAUCGUCUCUGAUCUGGAUCGUAAUACUGGUGUCAAUGGUUAUAGUUGUAACACUUCCCCGUAAGUCUGGCAUACGAACAUUGGUGGUAGCUCUAAUACUGCGGCUGAUUUUUUCCUGUGGGCCAGAACCCACUGUUUGGCUGCUUGGUUGCGUUACCGUUAUCAUGAAAGGUGUCCACAUUAUAAGUCUUAUGGGCAACUACGGAACUCUGGAAAAACACCUGUUUUCAAUCAUAACGGACGCUGAACUGCUCUAUCACUUCGGUUAUCUUUGGUUCUGUGUGUUCGGAGUGCUAUUACAUCCGUUCUUUUUCUCGAUACUGUUAUUCGAUGUGGUAUACCGGGAAGAAACCCUACUGAACGUAAUUCGUUCCGUGACUCGAAAUGGUCGGUCGAUCAUUUUGACAGCCGUCCUUGCUCUGAUACUGGUGUACAUGUUCUCGAUAAUCGGUUACAUGUUUUUCCGUGAUGAUUUUCUUGUUCCCGUGGAUCAGGAUUUCGUUGCAGCCGAAACUGAAGCAGCUAUUGACUGUGUAGUACCCUCACGGAGUCGGAUGCUUCCGGAAGACUUGGAGAGUGGUGAAGAAUACUGCACCCAAGCGAUACAGAAAGUGAAUGACGGUGGCCCGGAAGAAGUCAAAGAGCGUGGUUGUGAUUCGAUGGUUAUGUGUAUUAUUACAACACUCAACCAAGGUCUUCGUAAUGGUGGCGGUAUCGGAGAUAUUCUACGAGCUCCAAGUCGAAAGGAAACACUUUUCGUACCACGAGUUGUGUACGAUUUGCUCUUCUUCUUCAUCGUCAUCAUUAUUGUGUUGAAUCUAAUCUUCGGUGUUAUCAUCGAUACAUUCGCGGAUUUGAGAAGUGAAAAACAACAAAAAGAACUGAUUCUGAAAAAUACAUGCUUUAUAUGCGGAUUAAAUCGAUCGGCCUUCGAUAACAAGACGGUAAGCUUUGAGGAGCAUAUAAAAAAUGAGCACAACAUGUGGCACUAUCUGUAUUUCAUUGUGCUGGUCAAAGUGAAAGACCCCACAGAGUUCACCGGGCCGGAGAGCUAUGUGCAUGCAAUGGUUAAGGCAAAUAUCCAGGAUUGGUUCCCCCGAUUACGUGCAAUGUCAUUAGCAGCUGUUGAUGGCGAUGGAGAACAGAUAGAGCUAAGAAGUCUUAAGACACUUCUAGAGACGAACCAUGUAGCCGUUAGAGAACUGACAGCACAAAUCAUGGAGCUGGAGAAUAAGAUGACCGAACAAAGAAAGCAACGUCAAAGGCAUGCUUUGCUGAAUCCGACCACUUCAACGUCGUACCAGUUUUACCCCCAACUGUGAUGCUCUUCAUCGGAACUUCUGCAACCGAAACAAAAGUAACACGCCUAAACGCCUUCCCGGGCUAGGAUUUUAUUGCAUGUAAACUAGGUAUACUGUUAUUUUUCAUCAUUCUUCGGAACCCAAAAUUGUGAAAAUCAAAUUUUUAUAAUUGCUCGUGCACGAUAAUUACAUUAUUUCGCACUUUUGUAUGAUGUUGAAAAAAGCUCAAACUUCGAAAAUGUACUUGAUGUUAUUUUAUGUAAAUUCUGUUAGAAAUACAAGGCAUAACUGAGUCCAAUCAUUUGUUCGAGUUAGAAGAAUCUCGCGACAGUAAAAAACACACAACGGCACAAAGAGUUAUUUGUUGUCGAAUAGAUAAUACUAAAUCAAUUGCUCAGUUGCGGUAGGAAUAUUAUCAUCUGAUUAACAAUCAUUUUAUCAAACAGAUGUAAUUAUGUCCACCAUAAACAUGAACUUAAAUCAAAAUGUAUCUAAAGUUUGAUUCCUAUUUGAAGAUUUAUAACUUAGGUCGUAGAAUAGUAAUGAAACCUACAGGCGAACUUAAUCAAUGACUUCUUCAAACCUUCAGACUGUAUUUUACCAACGAAAAUUUUGUCGAGUUUAUUGUUAUUCUUACUAUCUUUUAACUAGCUUACAGUACACUCGCCAAUCUUGGAGGAGUUUACCGAGAAUCAUAGAUUUUCGCCGACAAUUUGUCUCAGACUGUUUUUAUACGUUAACUUGCUUUCUAUAUUCUCUGUUAAAUUCUAAAUUGCUCUAGCUCCAUGUGAUAUUUUUUUGAUAAUCUACGUUUGUGACACUCAUAACCACGGCUUUCAAUUCUCUAUUCUAUUUCCAACAUGUUACAGUUUUGUUCUUGAUUUUUUUUCUUUUUUUUUCGGGGCAUCUAACACCUUUUACAGUGAUAGUAAUAAUUUUGUCCAGCAGGGGCGAAAUUUAGGUUAACGUAUAACGUGUAAACUGUGUCCAUCGAAUCGUAAUCAAAAAGCGCUCCUUAUGAGAGUAACUAUUUCUAAUAUUAUAGGUGUAUCCACCUACCGGAUUAGAUCAUUCUAUUGAUUAGUUAUAAUAAUAAUAUUUAUAAGAGGAUCACGUACUAACAAUAUUGAGUAGCAGUACUAGAACAAAGAAUUCUAAAUUCACCAUAGCUCUGAUGUUGUUACUGUUGAAGUCAAUUUUAUUGUCUAAACCAUUUUCUGGUAGUCGUUUAAUGAAUAAGCAAGUCAGUUGCGCAAAACAAAAGGUUCUCUAUCAGUUGAAAUAUUUAUAUAUAUACCAAAAUAAUGCUCUACUUACCACGUAGAUGGAAUGCCCGAACUCGCAAAUGAGUUCCAUAUUGAUUUUAAUUCGAUCAAUUUCAACUUCUACGAUUUGCUCUAAAAAUUGCAUUGUCCAGGUAAAGCUAAUUAAAAUCAAAUUUGAUUGAAUUUCUAUCAAUAUGGUAACUUUUGUUGUAGAUGGUAAUGCGAAUAGUGGCAACGAAUAUCACGUUGAUGAUGCAACCUCAGAAAGCACUAUAGAUGAAUAAAUUUUGUUAAAACCUGAAA